AUGUUCAAUCGUUUUAAUAAAUUCCAAGCUGCGUUGGUUUUAGCCCUUUACUCUCAGAGUGCCUUGGGUCAAUACUAUAGCAACAGUACCUCAAUUUCAAGUAACAGUUCGUCCACUGCUAUAAGCUCAAGCGCAUCUGGUUCGGUAUCAAUCAGUAGUUCUAUCGCUCAAACAUCCUCAUCUGCCUCCGAUGUCUCAAGCUCUAUCGCUCAAACAUCCUCAUCUGCCUCCGAUGUCUCAAGCUCUAUCGCUCAAACAUCCUCAUCUGCCUCCGAUGUCUCAAGCUCUAUCGCUCAAACAUCCUCAUCUGCCUCCGAUGUCUCAAGCUCUAUCGCUCAAACAUCCUCAUCUGCCUCCGAUGUCUCAAGCUCUGUAGCUCAAACAUCCUCAUCUGCUUCCGGUUCAGCAAGCUCAGUCUCUCAAUCAGCCUCAUCAGCCUCUGGUUCUUCAAGCUCAGUCUCUCAAUCAGCCUCAUCAGCCUCAUCAGCCUCUGGUUCUUCAAGCUCAGUCUCUCAAUCAGCCUCUUCAGUCUCUGGUUCUUCAGGCUCAGUCUCUCAAUCAGCCUCUUCAGUCUCUGGUUCUUCAGGCUCCGUCUCUCAAUCAUCCUCAUCCGCUUCAGGUUCUGCAUCUAUUACACCAUCAACCUCCUCCGGUUCUGGCGCCUCUAGUUCUGGCGCACAGUCAACCUCAUCCAAUUCAGAUGUCUCAAAGUCUACUACUUCUGCUACUAUGAGCACUAUCACCUCUUCAGCCUCUAGCGCUAGUGCAAGUGCCUCCGACUCCAUUUCUUCCAGCGAUGGUACUAUCUAUUUGCCAUCUACUACAAUCAGAGGUGACCUCACUCUUACCGGCUCAGUCAUUGCAACAGAAGGUGUUGUAGUUGCUGCUGGUGCAAAAUUGACCCUGCUUGACGGUGAUAAGUAUGUCUUCUCAGCUGACCUAAGAGUCCACGGUGAUUUGGAUGUAAAGAAGUCCAAGCCAACUUACCCAGGUACUGAGUUUGACAUUUCUGGUCCAAAUUUUGAAGUCUCUGGUAACUUCAACGCAGAAGAACCUGCUGCUUCUUCUGCCUCCGCUUACACAUUCACUCCUAGCUCUUUUGUAAACAGCGGUGACAUUGCUUUAAGCUUAUCCGAAUCCAGUAAGGGUGAAGUUACUUACUCCCCUUACUCUAACACCGGUGCCUUCUCUUUCUCUAACGCUAUUCUCAACGGUGGUUCUGUCUCUGGAUUGCAACGUAGAGCUGAAGAUGAAGGAUCUGUUAACAACGGUGAAAUAAAUCUGGAAAAUGGAAGUAGUUAUGUUAUUGUCGAACCAGUUUCCGGAAAAGGUACUGUCAACAUAAUCUCUGGCAACCUUUACCUACACUACCCAGACACCUUCACUGGUCAAACUGUUGUAUUCAAGGGCGAAGGUGUUCUUGCCGUUGACCCUACCGAAAGCAACACUACUCCUAUUCCUGUUGUUGGCUACACUGGUAAAAACCAAAUUGCCAUUACCGCCGACGUCACUAGCCUAUCCUACGAUAGCGCUACCGGUGUUUUGACUGCAACCCAGGGCAACAGACAAUUCUCUUUUGCUAUUGGUACUGGAUUCACUAGUUCUAGCUUCAACGUCUCCGAAGGAACCUUUGCAGGCGCCUCUGCCUACUACCUAAAUUAUGGUGGUGCCGUUGCUUCUAGUACUACAUCUUCAUCCACUUCUACCACGUCUGGUGCUUCGUCAGUUACCUCUGGUGUAUCCUCCUCUGUGGCCACCUCAAAUUCCGCAUCCAUUUACACUACAACAUUAACCUACGGUGAUGCCACAAGCACAGUUGUCGUUUCCUGUUCAAAGACUACUGACACUAAUGGUAACGUCUACACUAUUACUAAAACUGUCCCCUGUUCAUAUACCACGGCUACAAUCACUUCUUGUGAUGAAACUAAAUGCCAUGUUAUUACAUCAACUGGUACCGCUACAACCGAAACUGUUUCUUCUAAGUCCUACACCACUGUCACUGUCACUCAUUGCGAUGACAACGGCUGUAAUGAAAAGACCGUUACUUCUGAAGCUCCUAAAGCCACUACCACUACUGUUUCCUCCAAGUCCUACACCACCACCACUGUCACUCACUGCGAUGACAACGGGUGUGAUGUAAAGACUGUCACUUCCGAAGCUCCUGAGGCCACUACCACCACUGUUUCCUCCAAGUCCUACACUACUGCCACUGUCACUCACUGUGAUGACAACGGGUGUGAUGUAAAGACCGUCACUUCCGAAGCUCCUAAAGAAACUUCUACAACUUCUGCUUCUCCAAAGUCAUACACCACCGCUACUGUUACUCAAUGUGACGACAAUGGCUGUGAUGUAAAGACCGUCACCUCCGAAGCUCCUAAAGAAACUUCUACAACUUCUGCUUCUCCAAAGUCAUACACCACUGCUACUGUUACUCAAUGUGACGACAAUGGCUGUGAUGUCAAGAUCGUCACUUCCCAAGUUCCUGAAGUUACUUCAGCCGUCACCGCAACUACUGUUUCUCCAAAGUCCUACACUACCACUUCUGAAGCUCCUAAGGCAACCUCAUUGACCACUACUAUUUCUGGCGCAUCCAGCGCAAUUUCCAUUUUCUCUGAAUCCAGCGUCGCUCCUAAAUCCUCCACUGGUAUCAUCAUCCAAUCUGAAGGUAUCGCUGCAGGUUUGAACACUAACACUUUGAGUGCUUUGAUUGGUCUUUUCGUUUUUGCUUUCUUUAACUGA